AUGAGCUCGCCUAGACGUGUCUUUUAUUGCCUGCUCUUGGUUUUGAUUUUAUUUGUAUUAAUCACUCUCUAUUUAAAUUCAACCGCGAUUCAAAAAACACCUGUCCGUAAAGGUAGCCCAAAACAUGUUUCGGAUCCCCUAUACGACGAGAUCAGGAUACUCUGCAUGAUUCCCUAUAGUUAUCAAUAUCCAAAAACUGCAAGAUAUGUAAAACGCACUUGGGGAAAACACUGCAAUGUUUUGCUUUUCGUGAGUGGCGACAUCGAUGGGGAACUGGAACCCUUUGUGCCCGUGAUUAAUUCCACUGAUGUGUGGACCUUGGUUCAACAAGGGCUUAAACACGCCUAUGAGUUUUAUGGCCACAGAGCCGAUUGGUUUCUCAGGGUAGAGCCAUCUAGUUUUGUCGUCGUAGAGAAUCUCCGGUACAUGAUUGAUAGAAGAAAAUAUUUGCCCAGUCAAGCGAUUUAUUUUGGCUAUGAACUGGAGAAUAUUGAAACGCAUAAGCCAUUUAUCCACCACAAAAGUGGUUAUGUCAUGAGUCAUGAGGCGUUGAGAAGAUAUACAAUGGCCUCGAAGGAUAUAGAUAAUAAGGAAUGCCAUCAUCGGAAGUCUUCUAAUGAAGGACUGGACCUUUAUGGAUGUCUGAACCAUGUUAAUGUUACCAUAGUCGAAAGUCGAGAUGAAUUGGGGAACGAGACUUUCUUGCCCAUAACAAUGGAUUACCAAUUCUUGGAUGGCUACGAUCAUAUUCCUUGGCUUCGAAACUUAACCUAUCAUAAGGUUCCAAUGGAUACUGUGCCCAUAUCCAGCCGAGCCAUUUGCUUUCAUGUGGAAUAUCCGCUUGAAAUGUACGACUAUUAUUAUUUUGUUUAUCGAGUGAAAAUCUUUGGGUCUCUCUUGCAAAACUCAAUAGAUUUUCGGCCCUAAUAAAGGACUAACCUCUGGCAGCUGUCAUUGAA